CCACCUUCCCCUUCCGUCGCCUCCCUUCCCCGAGACCGGCGCCGCCCGAUCUCCCGAUCUGCUCGCCCCGGCCCGCCGAGGAUCCGCGCGGGGCGCUCCCUAUUUGCGGCGCGGGUGGUGUGCGCCUGGAUCAGGUGGGCGUGGGGGCGCGUGGGAUUCGUGGCCCAUGGCCAACCCCGACGACGGCGGCGGGCGCAAGUUCUGGCGCUCCGCGUCGUGGUCGGCGUCGCGGGCCGCCGAGGCGGCGGGGCCGGAGGCGGCGCCGCUCCCGCCCCGGAUGGGCCCGCCGCCGCUCACCCCGCGGUCCAAGGGCCGGGCCUGCCUCCCGCCGCUGCAGCCGCUCGCCAUCACGCGCCGCAGCCUGGACGAGUGGCCCAAGGCGGGCUCCGACGACGUGGGCGAGUGGCCCAACCCCACCACCCCGGGCGCCUCCAAGGCCGGCGGCGGCGGCCCGGGCUCCGCCAAGCCGGGCGAGGGCCUCCGGCUCGACCUCUCCACCCUCCGCUCGCAGGGCCGCAAGGACCAGAUCGCCUUCUUCGACAAGGAGUGCUCCAAGGUGGCCGACCACGUCUACCUCGGCGGCGACGCCGUCGCCAAGAACCGCGACAUCCUGCGCAAGAACGGCAUCACCCACGUCCUCAACUGCGUCGGCUUCGUCUGCCCCGAGUACUUCAAGUCGGACCUCGUCUACCGCACGCUCUGGCUGCAGGACAGCCCCACCGAGGACAUCACCAGCAUCCUCUACGACGUGUUUGAUUACUUCGAGGACGUGAGGGAGCAGGCCGGGCGCGUGUUCGUGCAUUGCUGCCAGGGGGUGUCGCGCUCGACUUCGCUCGUCAUAGCGUAUCUGAUGUGGAGGGAAGGGCAGAGCUUCGACGAUGCGUUCCAGUUUGUGAAGGCCGCCAGGGGGAUCGCGAAUCCGAACAUGGGGUUUGCCUGCCAGCUGCUCCAGUGCCAGAAGCGGGUGCAUGCCAUUCCAUUGUCCCCAAACUCAGUGCUCAGGAUGUAUCGGUUGGCGCCUCACUCGCCCUAUGCUCCAUUGCAUCUAGUGCCCAAAAUGCUGAACGAGCCCUCGCCUGCCGCCCUGGACUCUAGGGGUGCAUUCAUAGUUCAUGUGCUCUCGUCGAUUUAUGUUUGGGUUGGAAUCAAGUGCGAUACAGUAAUGGAGAAGGAUGCGAGAGCGGCAGCUUUUCAGGUGGUGAGGUAUGAGAAGGUGCAGGGGCAGAUCAAAGUUGUCAGAGAAGGGUUGGAGCAACCUGAGUUUUGGGACGCCUUUUCCAGUGCACCUGUUAAUUCAGACAGCAAAAUGAAGCUUGGCAAGGAGCAGAUCGAUUCACCAUCCAGGACUGGUGUGGGAAGCCGGAGAGUGGAAUCUUAUGAUUCUGAUUUUGAGCUCGUCCAGAAAGCGAUAGCUGGGGGUGUUGUUCCAGCAUUCUCGUCUUCUGGUACUGGAGAUGAGACCCAUCUUCCAGCGAGAGAAAGUAGCUGGAGUUUACUAAGGCGCAAGUUUAUCUCGAGAUCACUAUCUCGAGUUUAUUCGGAUUCUGCUCUGAUAAGGGAUUUGGAUCCACGGGUACAGCACUUGACUGCAGAGGCAUCAAUAUCACCGCCUUUCCUUUCUCCGAGCUCUCUAUCAUCAGAUUCAACCAUCAGUUCAAAGUACAGUUCAGACUCACCCUCCCUGUCACCUUCAACUAGCUCCCCGCCGUCACUUGGUCUUUCACCUGCUUCAUCUAAUUUGCCACAUGCUUUGGUGCCAUCAUCUAGGUCUCCUCUUCGCCAGUCAUCUAAUGCGGAACAUUCAAAGCCUGUCCUGGGAUCAAUACGCUCUCCGUCCAAGGUCUCAUCUAUAGCAGAAAGAAGAGGGGGAUUUUCAGGUCUGAAGCUACCAUCACUCCCAAAGGAGCUAGUAUUGCCACCAAGGGCGCCAUCUAUUCACAAAGCAGAGGAAGUCAUGGAUAAGACUAAUACCAAUGGUGUGAAACAGCUUACUGGUGUUUCUUGCCCAGACAAAUGCACCGAAACUAGUUCAACGGCAACUGACAGCAACUCAGAGGCUACUGCCCACGGUGAGACCAUAGUAAUUGAGCAUACUAACUCAGAGACCUGUAAUUAUGUUCAACUACUAGUCUACCGAUGGCCCUGCAUGGAGAAGCUGACUGCAUUCGCUCGCAAGGAUCUUGACCCAAAAACAGUUUUUAUUUUUGUUGCUCCUAAUGCCAGCAGAAGUGCAGAAGCAGUUAAAACGGUAUGCAUAUGGGUAGGAGGUGAAUAUGAGUGCAGCAAAGGUGUUGACAGUAUUGAUUGGCAGCAAGUUGCUGGUGAUUUUCUUAAUCAAAAGGGGUUCAGCAAUACUCUUCCUGUUAAGGUUUUCAAGGAGCAUGAAACCGAGAAUCUUUUGGAGGUGCUGGAUGCUCGUUAACAGUAGGUCAGGGUAUUCUACUAGCUUAACAAACAGCCGCAAACUAUCAAUUCAAUGAAGGCAUUUCCUCCAGCAUCGCUCUAUGUAGUGGCGACUGUCAGGCGAGGUAUAAGCCGUGACAACCGUUCCCUCCUGAACAUAUAGGCUACAGAUUCCAUUUUAGUAGAACAGAUGGAUUGGCAAUUUGUGCCUUGCCUUUUUUUUCCUUCCCAAACUUGCUUGUGUCAAAACGGCAGGAGGCUGCCAGAGCGUUGGAUCUGUGUGAAUUAACACACAGAGAUUGGGUUUUGGCGUAAGCGGGUGUAUAUUAUCUGCUUCACUGUAAUGUAAGCCCAUAGGCCGGGAGAUCGCUGGUGUCGUUUUUACCCCCUGAAAAUCAUGUACAUCUCAGGGAAGAACAGAUUUGUAAUCCUCUUGGCCUACAGGCGUCUCUGCUGGUCUUAACUUCUUAACCUGGAACUUGGCUAUUUGCUGUCCUGCUCAUGGCGUAUUAGCACUGUA